UUUCACCCGAAAUUUGUAAUGAAAUCAUCAUGGAUUUUUCUCUUGCAACCCAAAGGGACAUUGUUGCAACUUUGCCAAGUAGAGUUUACUUUGGUCUGAUGCUUGAUGAAUCGUCAGAUAUAUCAGCUAAGGAACAGGUUUCCAUAUGCUUUCGAACAGUCGAUGACGACUUUGAAAUCUAUGAAGAUUUUUUAGGAUUUUAUGAAACGGCCACAACCAAAAGCGCGGAUCUCUUUAAUAUUGUGAUGGACACCCUGAAAAGGUUUAACAUUUCAAUCAAUAACUGUCGCAGUCAAUGUUACGAUGGCGCUAGUGCUAUGGCUGGCGAUAUUUCGGGUUUAAAGACUCGUAUCAUGCAAACAGAACAUCGUGCGCUUUUUGUUCAUUGUAGAUCUCAUUCAUUGAAUCUUGUCGUGCAGGCUGAGGUUUCCAGGAAUACCGAUAUUGCCAACACCAUGUCUCUUGUGCAGAAUUUCAUUGCAUUUGCCAGAGGAUCUCCAAAGCGCUUAGCUUGGUUCCAUAACUUCCAGGAUCAAAAUGAUAAUGCAGAUGCCAAUGGAACAUCGUUUCGUCCCUUUUGUCCAACUCGGUUUAUUAUGCGCAAGAUAUCAAUCGUAUCCAUCACUAGUAAUUAUUCUUCCCUCAUUGAAUGGCUACAAGACCUUGAAACAAAUGAAGAUUUCGUCAAAUGUAAAGCCGAAGCUGCAGGAUUUUUAGCAUCGUUCCAGAGAUUUGACACAUUUUUUAAAUUCGAAAUGCUGCGACAAAUUUUUACAACGUUGGAGGAUGCAAACACCCAGUUACAAGGAGCCCAGUUAAAUUUCCAGCGAGCAGAAGCCGUUAUUGAAGCAUUGAAAAAGGUUUUCAUAGAUGCCAGAUCCGAAGAACGUUUUGAUGUCCUGUGGACGUCGGCUGAAGCUUCAGCAAAAUUUUAUGAUUUGGAUGAGCCGGAAUUGCCCCGUCAAAGAAGACCUCCGGCGAGACGCACUGGAUCGGCAGCAGCUUAUUUCCCCUCUACGCCGAAAGAAAUGUAUCGCAAGAUUUUCUUCGCUGCUUACGACGGAGUCAUUGUUGGGCUUUCGGACCGUUUCGAACCAAGUUCGACUACGACCCAUUUGAAGAAAGUUCAAGAAUUUCUCAUUGGGAAAACUGGAGUUGAAUAUUUAGAGGAAUUCUGUCAGAAUGAUUUUGAAGAUUAUCAGCGACUCCUACUUCAUCGAAAUAUUGCACUGGAGGCAGCCAAGAGUGAAAAAAAAGAGAUUAAAGAUUUUCAGGACUUUCUCGACUUCCUCAAGAUGGAUCAUCAUAUGGGUAUUCGCUCUUUAGCAUCCGAAGUUGUCAAGCUAGUCAAGAUCGUUCUUACUAUGGCAGUCACGACUUGCACCGCUGAGCGUUCAUAUUCCGGUUUAAGGCGACUCAAAAGUUACCUACGCUCAACAAUGACUCAGAAAAGAUUGAACGCCGUCGCUCUACUAAACACUCACCGUGAUAUCGUUAAAACUUUUGAAUUGGACGUGCUUUUAGAUAAUUUCAUUGCCAAAGUUCACUUGCGUAUGUGAACAUUUUCUAUGUCAAAUGCCACAAACGGCAAGUCAAAUGUAAAGCCAAUUGACUCUUAGGAAUUAAUGUUUUUGUUAAGCUUAAGCAGGUGCAAUAUUCAAUAUUAUUUAUUAAUCCAGUUAUCUAAAAUCCAGAACACUUCAUUCCUUGAAUCCUUGUCCUCCUCCUUAUGAAUCAAUGCACCAUGCGCUUGUUGUUUCAAUACAGUUUCACUUUCAACAGUU